AGACAGGGAACGGCUGUACUCUAGCUCUGGAAGAGAUAGAGAAAGACACUACAGGGAUAGGAGUCACGAACGAGAAAGCGACGACGAUCGUCACCGGUACAGACGGGACUACAAAGACGGUCACCACCGCCAGUACAGGGAUCGUUUCCCCCUUUCUGGACGUUACUACAGGGAAUGGGAGGCCGAUCGUCACCGGGAGCGAACCUUCCAGCACCCUCGGGAGCGUGAUUGUGACAGGUGCUCUAACCAUUACCAUUACUACCGCUACUGGUCAAGAGAGGACAUUGACCAUGAGCGAAGGGGAUAUGGUUACUCCCACCGAGAGGAGUCUCGUGGCAGUCGGAGGUGGCUGCAGGAUAGUAGAGACUCCUGGGCAAUGAAGGAUAAGAGUAAUGGCAAAGAGAGAGAAAAUUACUCCUCAAAGGAAGGAAAUUUCUCACCUUCUACAGCACCAGAAACAAACAAGUUCAAGGGCUCCCCGCCACGGGCUCGCCUUUCCUCUCCAGACAAAGAGGAUCAAAAUUGCAAGAGGACUCUCAGCAAAGACAGGGACGACAGCUCUGAGGCCCGCCACACUAAAAAACACAAAAAGAGUAAGAAAAAGAAGAAAUCAAAGGAUAAAGACAGACACCGUGAGAGUGGAAGUUUUGACGGAGAUUCAGACAGAGCUGCGGAAAUGAAAAAGAAAAAGAAGAGGAGACUUCCGGUGAGCGCUCCAAGAUGGCGGAUUAACUUUUUGUCCGCUCCUGAUCAUAAGUGAGGAAAACUCCACAAACUCGAUACAAUAAACGUAUUCAUACUGACGAUGAUAUACAAUGCGUGGAGGCAGAUGUAAAAAGACACAGGGGGGCUCCAAAAGUUACGGAGAG